UCUUGCUGUUUUUCCAUGUGUGUAUUUGGGUAGUAGCCCAAAAAGAUCACCUUUUCGUUCUAAUUUCGAUGUUAUUUGCCCUAAAGGUUGAGAGUUUUUGAUAGGAAUAUGUAGUUUUAUUUCAUAUGCUGUAUUUUUAGCCAAGAMAGCAGUGCAAAAAAAGCUUUGCUUUGARAGUCUUUGAGACGAGUUGCAUUUUGACUUGAAGAGUGACAACAAGAAUAGCUGAAGUAAAUUUAUAUUCUAUCUGAUCUAAAAUCAUGACUGAUGGCAAUCAAACUAAACCUCCAUUCCCUGCUCCAGAAGAUCAAGAGCUCAAGAACAUCAUCGAUAAACUUGCAAAUUUUGUUGCACGAAAUGGAAGCAAAUUUGAGGAAAUGACAAGACAAAAACAAAAAGAUAAUCCUAAGUUUGGAUUUUUAAGCAAUGGUAACAAUUACUAUAACUACUACAGAUGGAGAGUGUCGUUGGAGAUAGCCAAGAAUCAGACACAACAAUAUCAACAAUCCCAGAAACAAGGGAGUGCUCCCCAGUUCACGUCUGCCCAGUCUGCUAUUGUACAACAGGCUAUUGUACAGCAGUCAAUCAACUCAGCGCCAUGGCAACAACAGUCCCAGCCUCCACCAACCAUUCCUCAGGUUCCUCCGGCAACGUUCUCUCAACCACCGGCAACACAGACAGUAUACCAACAGGCACCUCAGCCACCCAGUGACCUGGACCUGAAGGAGUUUGAUGGAAUGCUACAGAAGUUGAUGGAUACUGGUUCUAAAGAUGCUAUAUCGACUGGAAGGGGAUGGGUUUUCAACAAUGCUAAAAGUCCAAAGCACUGUCAGUAUAUAAUGGAUCACAUCCUCAAAAGAUCMAUAGAUCCAGAACUAGAGUUUCAUCAGAAACUCCAUGCAGUUUAUGUAGUAAACGAUAUCCUUCAUCAUGUUGCGAGAAAGUCAGCUCAAGAUUUGCAUACYGCAACACAGGAUGUYGUUGCUACUAUAUUCUGUAAUGCCAUCAAAGGGGAGGUUGGUGAUGGCUUGAAAAAGUUGAACAAAGUUCUUGGUAUYUGGGAGACAAAUAACUUCUUAGAUGCUGCAACAAUGCAGAAACUAAAAAAUCCAGAAUCUUCAGAGGCAAUCAUUGCAGCAGCCAAGGAAAAGUAUUAUCCCRCAUCGGCAUCAUAUCAAUACCAGCAACCAUCACAAUACCAAACCAACACAUACCCCUAUCAAGAAUACUACCGACAAUAUACACAGUACCCAGGACAGGAYGGACAGACAACUACUAACACCUCACAGAAUAAACCAAAUACUGAUACAGAUGAAAAAACUGUUAACACAGAAGAGAAGGAAGUUAAGCCUGCAGAUCCAGAGACUGAAGAAAAAGACAUUAAAAACACACAUGAAACAAGCAGUGAAAAUAGACAAACAGCAAUGGAGCCAGACCAUCAAGAUGAUCAGCAGUACCCUCCUCCAUCUUACAAUCGUCCUCCCCCCUUUGGCCCUCGCUUCAACGAUCCUUACUACAGCAGCCAAGGACCUCCGCCACCCUUCCCUCCAGACUACAGAGGRAACUUCCCACCCUUUCCUAUGCCACCACCUAACUUUAACAGACCACCACCUCCAUUCAAUGAACCUCCUAACUUCCAUGAUCCAGGUUUCAGACCACCAUUUGGUCCUCCACAAGGCUUUGAUUACCCCCAGCACAUGGAUGACUACGACAACAGACCCCCACAUGAUUACGAUCGACAUGGUGAAAUGGAUGAAUAUGGCCCUCAUGAUGGGUAUGGUCCCCCUGAUGGGUUUGAUAUGGGUGGACCCCCCAUACCACCACCCCCCAGACCCAUCAUCCCUGAUGCCAUGUACUAUGAAUUGCCAGCUGGYUUGAUGGCACCAAUGGUUAAGUUAUCAGAUGUAGAUUACAAGCCUCUUGAACCAUGCGACAUCCGACUACCAGCCCCUCAGCCACCCAGUGAUCGCCUUCUUGCUGCUGUUGAAGCAUUUUACAGUCCACCAAGUCAUGACAGGCCAAGAAAUAGUGAUGGCUGGGAACAGAGUGGACUGUUUGAAUUUUUCAAAGCAAAAUUACCUUUUAUUAAAGAACGUGAUGCCAGAGAAAAAGAUAAACCUGCACUAGUACCAAAGACUAAUUCUCCUUCGCCUCCACGAUCUCCCGAGAGGAGAAGACGRUCAAGAUCUCGUUCACCUGUUCGAGGAMGGUCACCGUCGAUAUCACCACCAUACAGGAARACAUCACGGAGUCGAUCSCGGUCACCCGUCAGACGAGGUCGCAGUCGGUCUCGAUCACCACCACGRAGAAGGAAUCGUUCUUAUUCACGCUCAAGAUCUCGAUCGAGAUCACGGUCAAAGUCAUAUUUGAAUAAGGCUAUUAUUUCAAGAAUAGGGGCUAAAAAUGUUGCUGGCAUCAUUGCUUGAAUUUUACUGACUGUAUCAGCUAUCUGCCACAGUGAACAACCUCAGGUCCAUAGUCUAACCCAGUCCUCGCACUCUUAGUCUACUCUUGUAGCGCUCUGCUAUGGUUUUCUUGAUGUAGUUUUUGUGUAAAGAAUAAACAUUAUGUAAUUUAAACGUAUUUACGUCAUCAA